AGAAGAGGUGAGAGAGCGAAUUACAGGGUCAGCUGAGAGAGAGAGAGGGGGAGAGAGAGCACAGAUGAUCAGUGUGUGUGCAUUUGCGUCCUCGCAGGUUUAACAGAAGGUCCUUAAGAGAAAGAGACAUUUCGUAAAAGGCAAAGGAAGAUCCUCAUUGAAAUCCGCUGGCGAACACAGUGAUCUACUGUGUAAACUGGUAACAGUGGAAAAGCCAUCCACACGGAGUAUGUUGGUGGUGUUGCUGUGCUGGUGUUUAGGGGCCUCAGCGCUGUUGUACGUCUUGUACUCAUGGCUGAUUCCUGCAGCGGUGCAGUUCAAUGGCAGUCUGGCCUUACUCUGGCAUGAUGUCAUCGUAGAGCGAGCUCUGGAUUCUCUGACCCGAUCAACUCGACCGCAGCGUCUGCUAAAAGCUGUAAAGCAGCACGCGACUCGAGGCGACCCUCAGAGCGUCAUCUCUGCCAUUGAUCACUUCUGCAGACACCGCGAAUGGGCUAUGAAUGUUGGAGAUGAGAAAGGCUGUAUCCUGGAUUCAGUGGUGAGUGAGCUGAACCCAGAGAAGGUCCUGGAGUUGGGCACAUACUGCGGCUACUCUACAGUUCGCAUCGCUCGUCUGCUUCCUCCUGGAGCUCGUCUCAUUACACUGGAGUUCAACCCAGAUUACGCUGUGAUUGCUCGACAAGUCAUUGCCUGGGCUGGACUUGAAGACAAAGUGCAGCUUGUAGAAGGUGCGUCUGAAGACUGGAUCCCACGCAUGAAGGAGCACUUUGGAAUCGAAACCUUUGAUUUAGUUUUUCUGGACCACUGGAAAGACCAUUACCUUCCUGACACUAAAUUAAUGGAGGAUUGUGGUCUGCUAAGGAAAGGCACGGUUCUUCUUGCUGAUAAUGUGAUCUGUCCUGGAGUCCCAGACUAUCUUGAAUAUGUGCGCAAUAGCCGUUCCUAUAAAAGCUGCUAUUUUAAAUCCCAUUUAGAGUACACCAGGGCAGAGGAUGGCUUGGAGAAGUCUGUGUUUUUGGGCUAGAGACGUACAGAGAUGAUUCUUAUGCUUAAAAGGAGGAUUUUUUUCUUUUCUGAGAGCCAGCGUGAGCUUUAUUUUAAAUGAUUUAUUAUUAUAAGUCCCCUACACGCUUCAAACACUUGGUUGUUUCAAACCAAAUUUAGAUCAAACAUGGACGAAGUAGACCCAUGGGUUAAAGGGAUAGUGCACCCAAAAAUUAAAAUCCCAUCAUUAUUUACUUACACUUUACCUAUUAGAGUUUAUUUCUUCUGUUGAGCACAAAAGAAGAUACUUAGCAAACAUUUGGAAAACCGGUAGACAUUGACCUCUGUAGUGUUCUAUUCAUUCAUUCAUUCAUUAAUUUUCUUUUCGGCUUAGUCCCAUUAUUAUUCAGGGGUCGCCACAGUGGAAUGAACCACCAAUUUAUCCAGCAUAUGUUUUACAAAAUCCAUCACUGGGAAAUAACCAUACAGUCUUGCAUUCACACACAUACUCUACGGCUAACUGAAAUGCCAACUGACUCAGCCAGAGCUCGAACCAGCGACCUUCUUGCUGUGAGGCGAUUGUGCUACCCACUACGCCACUGUGACGCCCCUGUAUUAUUCUUGGUUACACUUUAUUUAAGAAGAUGUAGUUAAAGUGUAACUAUCCAUUUAAUUACUGAUUUAUAACAAUAAUUAAUAACAUGUACUUACUAUAUGGUUGGGGUUAGAAUGUGGGUCAGGUUUAGGGUUACAAAUUGUGCAUAAUUAGGUCCCACUUUACAGUAGGUGGCCUUAACUUAUAUGUACUUACACUGAAAUUAACUAUUUACUACAAUGUAAAUACAUGUUUUUACGUUUAGCAUUGAUUAAAUACUUGCAUGUAAUUACAUCUGCAAUCAAUUUCUGCAAUUACAUUUGUAAUUGACCAUCCCUACCCACCCUUAAACCUACCCAUGCCAUCAAAUCUGUGCCUAACUCUACCUGUAUCCCAUCUCAAGACCAUCAGAAAAGUUCUGCAAUACAUUAUCAACACAGUAAGUACAUUGUAUAUAUUUUUUUAUGCAAGUACGUAUUAGUUAGGACCACCUGGUAUAAAGUAAGCUCCAUCAGUUAAUUGUAAUUACUAUAGUACUGUAAGUGCAUGGAACAUGUGUAACUAUGUGACCUUAAAUUAAAGCGUUACAAUUUUAACAUUCUUCAAAAUAGCAGGAAAACAAAACUCAUAAAUGUUUGGAACUAACUCAGAGUGAAUAAAUUGUUGUGAAUAAAUUUUUUGGGUGACUAUCACAACUAUACUAUACCCAUUCCUAUAACAUAUGUACUAUUUUUAACAAAUUAGUUUGAACUCAAAUGUUGAGUAUGUGUAAAUUUGAGUUAAAACAUUCAUUUUCUUUUCGGCUUAGUCUCUUUAUUAAUCCGGGGUCGCCACAGCAGAAUGAACCGCCAACUUAUCCAGCAUAUGUUAUUACGCAGCGGAUGCCCUUCCAGCUGCAACUCAGCACUGGGAAACACCCAUGCACUCUUGCAUUUACGCACAUACACUAGUCAAUCUAGGGCCAAUUUAGCUUACCCAAUUCACCUAUACCACAUGUUAUUGAACUCGUGGGGGACACCAGAGCACCCAGAGGAAACCCACACGAACUAAGAAAAUUAAGAAAUGCCAACUGAGGCUCGAACCAGCGACCAUCUUGCUGCAAGGUGAACAUGUAUCCCACUGCACCACCGUGCAGCCAUUGAGUGAAAACAAUCCAGGAUAUUUAAGAGUAGUUUUUUUUUUACAAUUCUGUAAAUCAAGAAGAAUUUCAUUUGCUCAAACAAUACGUUUUACCACUCUGUACCACUAGAGAGCAGGAUCGGAUUUAAAAUGUGACACUCUGCAUACAGGGCUGUUCGGACCUCUCAGUUUAACCUAAUGUGAUCUGUAAAAUCAAACCAUUUUGUACAAACCAGUGGCUUUGUAUACUUGUAUUUGUAUAAAAAAGUGACAUUUUCUUUAUUUUAAGAUUAUUAUUUUGUAUUGAUGAAAAUCAAGUCAGCAUUGAUGCACAACGACAUUCCAUUCCAUGCUAUUUUUAGAUAUUUUGCCAUUUGAUAUAGGCAUAUGAGUUAUAAAUAUAUUAAAUAUGUUUUAUUGAAUGUUUUGGUGCAUAUUCUUGUAUGCUUUGAUGUUUUAAUUUAUUCCUUAAAGGUAACUUUAUAUAACAUUUAAAUCAUUGUUGCAAUGUCAAAUGUAUCUUUUGUUUUAUAUUGAACUGUUAUAAAACACAUUUUCAUUA